AUGAACGCCGUAAGCGACUCUCCCUCUCCUCACGGGGAAGGAGAGAAGGAGGGAGAAAAGAGCGUCUCGGCGUCUGCCUUCGGCACGGAUGCCGGCCCGACAGACUCCGCGGCGUGUACCGGACAGGAGACGGCCCUUUCGUCUGAGAGCAGAGACGUGAACAUGGACGACAUGUCUCCGGGAAACGAGCCUACUUCGGAGGGGAAGGAAGACCGCGAGGAGGACGAAGAAGACGACGCGGAAGAGAUGAGAGAAGAGGACGACGACGAAGACGAGAAAGAAGACGACGAAGAAGGCCUGAGGGAAGGAGAGGAAGAGACGAUGUUUGGAGAUGGACCCGAGAACUCUGUGAAGGGGGAGUACGGCCUCGCAAAUGCAGAACUCGAAGCGAAGCUGCGCGAGUUGCUUCGACAGGCAGACACCUUCUCGUCGAGAAUCCACGGCGGAGGAAAUGCAUCCGCGCCACCAAAGACAAAAGGGCCGGGAUCUCGAAGCCGGGAGCGGCGCAUGCUGAGCGAGGCGGAGGAAGACGACAUUUUGCUUCGCCGACUGGAAGAAGAUUCGGGCGAAGCGGAAGGCGACGGGGCGAGCCAGGGAGACGUCUUCGUGCGCAUCACUGAGCAGCCGUCGUGCAUCGAGGGGAAGAUGAAGCACUACCAAAUCGAGGGUUUGAACUGGUUGUACCAGCUCCACUGUCUGGACAUCAACGGGAUCCUCGCCGACGAAAUGGGGCUCGGCAAAACCCUGCAAACCAUCAGCAUUCUCGCCUUUCUGCAGUUCGAAAAAAACAUCCCGGGCCCCCACCUCGUCAUCUGUCCGCGAUCCACUCUCGACAACUGGUUCAACGAAGUCAAAAAAUGGUGCCCUCGUUUCCGUCCGGCGCGUUUGCACGGAACGAAGGAGGAACGGCAGGAGCUCUACGACACCGUUCUGGAUCCGGGUCACUUCGACAUUUGCAUCACGACGUACGAAAUGGUCAUCAAAGACUACCACCGACUCGCCUCCAGAUUCCAGUGGAAUUACUUGAUUAUGGACGAAGCGCAUCGAAUCAAGAACGAGAAGAGCGUUUUGUCGGAAGUCGUGAGAAGGUUUCGGCCGCGGCGGCGCCUCCUCAUCACGGGCACUCCGCUACAGAACAAUUUGCGGGAGCUCUGGGCGCUCCUGAACUUCAUCAUGCCGCAGCUCUUCGACGCCACGCUCGACUUUGCCGCACUGUUCGACUUCUCGAGACUCAACACGGAGCAGCAACAGCACCAAGUCAUCACCACUUUGCACCGCAUUCUCAGGCCGUUCAUGCUCCGUAGACUCAAAUCCGAUGUCGCCAGAGAUCUCCCACCCAAAAGAGAAAUCUACAUUUUUGUCGGGAUGUCGAAGUUGCAGAAGAAGCUGUACGCAGAUAUUUUGUCGAAGAACGUCGAGGUGUUGAACGCGAUGUCUGGGAGCAAGACGCAGAUGCUGAACAUCCUCAUGCAGCUUCGCAAGUGUUGCAAUCAUCCGUACUUAUUUGACGGCGUCGAGCCUGGCCCGCCGUACGUGGAAGGCGAACACAUGGUUGAGGCCGCAGGCAAGAUGGCGCUGCUGGACAAGCUGCUGCCCCGUUUAAAAGCCGAGGGCAGUCGCGUGUUGCUCUUUUCCCAAAUGACUCGACUUCUCGACAUCGUUGACGACUACUGCAGGUGGCGAGGCUUCGAUUAUUGCCGCAUUGACGGCGGCACGCCUGGCACAGAGAGACAGGAGAGAAUCGACGAGUUCAACGCAGAAGGCUCCAGCAAGUUCCUCUUUCUUCUCUCUACCCGCGCAGGCGGUCUCGGCAUCAACCUGGCAACGGCCGAUGUCGUCAUUCUCUUUGAUAGCGAUUUCAAUCCGCAAAUGGAUCUCCAGGCGAUGGAUCGCGCGCACCGCAUUGGCCAGAAGAAACGGGUGGUGGUCUAUCGCUUCGUCACAGGCGACACCGUCGAGGCAAAGAUCGUCGAAAGAGCGGCGAAGAAACUCAAACUGGAUUCCCUCGUGAUUCAAAAAGGUCGCCUCAGCCAGUCCAACCAAGCACAAAAAGGGCCGUCAACCAACGAGCUCCACGCCAUUCUCCAAUUCGGCGCUCAGGAGGUCUACCGCACUCAGGACGAGAGUUCCAUCACCGAGGCAGAUAUCGACGUCAUCUUGGCGGAUGCCGAACAGAGGACUGCAGAAAUUCAGGCGCAACUGACCAGCUUGGAAAGGACUUUCGAUUUGAGCAACAUGAGUCUUGACGGCGGUCUCCACAUGUACGGAGAAGAAGAAGAUGAACUCCGAAACCAGCCGCGGAAACCGGGGAGAAAAAAGGCGGUGAAACUCAACCGCCCCGCCACGUUCUUCGAGCUUGGCGAUCGAAAAACCAAAUGGCGAGGCGACGGGGGCGCAGCGGCGAUGGCGAUGGUGAAGAAGGAACGGAAGCUGUCGAGGAAGGCGCUUACCGGUUGGAGAGCAGAAAUUAACGGCGGAUACGAUUUCCAAUUUUUCAACGCCGAUCAGCUGGACGCGUUGGAUGCGAUUCAGCGCAACUGGCAGGCGUACUUGGACAACCGAAGAAGGAAGUUGCUGGAGAAUUUGAAGCGCGAACGAGGAAGCACCUUGGCCUCGGCCGCCGGAGCGAAGAAAGAAGCCGAGACAGCAGAGAAGGGAGAGAAAGGAGACGAGGCGCCGCCUGCGAAGAAGCAGAGAACGAGUGAAGAGGAAGGCGCGAAAGCGGUCCUCGGGGACUUCCAGAAACCGGCGGCGGCUGAUCUGCUUCGUGCAUGCGAGGAACCUGUCGAGACAGAGCAGGAAGGAAGCGAUGCCUGGACCAACGGCGUCGAGCAUCUCACCGUUCCGCAGGCGCGGCAAGUCGAGACGCUCCUCGAAAGUUUUGCGGCGGCAGCGGGGCUGUCCCUGAGCACCUUUGAUGGCAAAAACGCGGAGGACGUGGAAAUGGAAGACGCAUCUUCUUCGUCCCCGUCCUCCAGGAUUGAGAAGAUCUGCCGUCUUCUUCGGCCUGCGGAGGACAAAGCGCAGAAGAGCGUAUUUUCCACAGAAGCGCCGUCGUUCGCCGCUGCACUGAAACAACUGGCUGAGGACUUUGUUAGCGGCCAGGCAGCGGCGCUCGGCGUGCCUCUCGCAGUCGCAGCUUCGCAACGUUUCGCAGCGUCGUUCUCAGCGGGGCAACCUGACGCGGAGAAGAGGGGGGUGAAGCGCGAGCGAGAGGACAGCAAAGAAGACAGCAAGGGCGAGAGCAAAGAAGACAUCAAGGACGAGAGCAAAGAAGACAGCAAGGACGAGAGCAAAGAAGAGAGCAAGGACGAGAGCAAAGAAGAGAGCAAGGACGAGAGCAAAGAAGAGAGCAAAGAGGAGAGCAAAGAAGACAACAAAGAGGAGAGCAAAGAGGAGAGCAAAGCAGAAAUCAAGGAAGAGAGCGGUGGGCCGGCACCGGAGGCGGAGGACGAGGCACCAGGAGAGGAGGAAGACGGGGAGAAACCUUCGCCUCCCCCCUCCGUUGGCGGUUCACCGGCAGCUGAGGAGGGAACGACGGUGAAGAAGAAGGCUGGACGACCCAGGAAGAACGUGAAAGAAGAGGAGCGAGGCGUGGACGAGGAUGAAGAAGACGAGGCGCUUUUGGCUCUUUUGAAAGAAGAAGACCUCGACGACGAAAACGAUCCCGAUCGACCCGAGGAGUUCACCGAGGACAUGCGCAAGGAAAAGGACCGUCUUCUGGCUGAGGGCUUUGGCAAUUGGAACCGCACGGAAUUCUCAAAGUUUGUCAGCGGCCUUAUCCACUACGGGAGGGACCGGCUCGCCGAGGCGUGGUGUGCACACUUCCGGGGCACGAACAAGAGCCUCGAGGAACUUGAGCGCUACACCGAAGUCUUCUUCAAAAGAUACUCAGAAGUUGAAGGAGGCGACCGCAUUAUGCAGCGGGUGGAGAAGGCGGCGGAUAUUCGUGGAGCUCUGGACUCGCAGCGUCGCGCGGUCCAAGCCAUGGUCGAGGAACAACUUCGAGAAGAGCGGACGGACGGUGGGGUUGCCCGCCCGAUUGAGCGACCGGACGAGCUCCGCCUGCCGAAGCGUCUCGCCCCAAGUGCUCAUUUCACUCCCCAGGAAGAUGCGAUGCUGCUCUGGGGUCUCUACGAGCAAGGCGUCACCGCAUACGCAGCGAUCCACGCGCUGCUCAAAUAUUACUGGUUCGAUAGCCGCGGGUUCUUUCACGUGGCGUCGAGGAGCAUGAAGCAGGUGGAAGACCGCUGUAAGGAGAUCGUUAUGGCCAUUGAACUCGAGGAGACGGCGAAGACGGGACAGAAAGAGUACAUGCGAUAUCGGCAAUUUCGACCUACCAGCCACAGGAUCGGCCGCCCGCCGACGCGCUUGAGUGCGGGAGGACGCCCCGGGCGCGGCCACGCUUCUCAGUGCUCGCGGAGCCGCGACAAGAACGGCGAGAACUUGUUUUUCCCUGGAGACGAAGGCGAGGAGGGGCGGAGCGUGUGCUGGGAGAACGAAGAAGACGAGCGCCGAGACGAGAGACGAGACCGACUCUUCUCCGAAGGCGCGAAGAAUCCGGAGGGACGCGGCGGCAGUCAAAAGGGCAGACGAUGCACCGGCAGGAAGCGAGGACGACCGCGAGGUGGGCGAGGCAGAAACUCGACGAGGGGACUCGCCCCGUCGCACCUGUCUCCGGGCGGAGUCGGCGCCGGGGUCGGCUCCGGCGAGAGCGACAGAGGCGGCGAAGAACAGGAACCGAGACCCGAAGGCGAAGAAAACGAGUCGGGCAGAGAGGAUGUGCGAGAGAAAGUCGACGAGGAAAAAGACGGAGAAGAAGAAUCCAAAACGGCCGCAUAG